UGUCAAUCAACAACAGCAUAAUUAAAGACCAUGUUCAUCACUCAUGCAUGUUAGCACUAUUGCUGCGUAAGACGGCCUGCUAUACCAUCACCGUCGCAUUAUCGUCAUCUCAACCGACUCUCGAAUCUUUGAUCGGUGUCAGCUGCUUGGCCAUCUGGCAACAAUCUAUUAAACAGGAAUUGCUUCCGUGUGAACCCGCUUCUCGCAACUUCCGCUGUCAGAUUCACUCGCGCUUCUUUCACUUUGUCUAUUCGAGGCGUGCGACCCAGCUCAUUGAUAUUCCUUGACCAUCUAACCAUCUCGUCGAGACUUUCUUACCUUCUUCCGUCCACCGCCAACCUUACUCGAUCAUCACAUCUCUCGGCACCCCGUAACGAUACCAUGUCUCUCAAUCUUGAAAAGCAACUUCUCUUCUAUGGUUCUUACCACCAUAACCCUGUAAGAAUCCAACCAUCUCUCCAAGAAAACAUCGUUUAU